AAGCUGUUUGUUGUGUUCGAGCGGAAGUUCGCGGACCAGCUGGUUUCCUCUUCCUGUCUCCGUGUCGCUAGUUGGGAGGAAACAUGGCGGCCGAGUCGGAGCCUGAUGUCCAAGCAACUCUGUGCAGCGAUUUACUGAAUUUUUCAGCCAGGGACACCGCUCUGAAAUGGCUCCAAGCUACCGACCUUCCGAAGGAUGUGUACCUGCACCUCGCACGGUACGUGCCGAAAAUCUUCUGUCGGAGCCCGAACCCGAACCCCAAGAAUGAGGACAUGCUGACGCAGCACAUCCUGACUGGACCCAUGGAGUGGUACCUGUGUGGGGAAGACCCAGCCACCAGCAUCCCCAAACUAGAGCAGGCCAACCGGCCGUCCCAGCUGUGCGGGCGCGUCUUCAAAGUGGGGGAGCCCACCUACUCCUGCAGGGACUGUGCAGCAGACCCCACCUGUGUGCUGUGCAUGGAGUGUUUCCUGGGCAGUGUGCACAAAGAGCAUCGCUACAGAAUGACAACGUCUGGGGGAGGUGGAUUCUGUGACUGCGGGGACAUGGAAGCCUGGAAGAAGGGUCCUUACUGUCAGAAACAUGAGCCCAACAGCAGUGACCCAUCAGUGGAGGACCCGUUAGCUCACCUGUCCGAGGAUAUGAUAGCCCGUGCCUAUAACAUCUUCUCCAUCAUGGUGAAGUAUGCCGUGGACAUGCUGACUUGGGAAAAGGAGGAUGAGUUGCCAGCAGGCUUGGAACCCCCAGAGAGGCAGGACAGCUACUACUGCAUGCUGUUUAACGAUGAGGUCCACACUUACGAGCAGGUGAUCUACACGCUGCAGAAAGCUGUCAGCUGCACACACAAAGAGGCGGUCAGCUUUGCAACCACUGUGGAUAGAGAUGGGCGAAAAUCUGUACGAUUUGGUGACUUUCAGUUCUGUGAACAAGCAAAGACAGUAAUAGUAAGAAACACUGGCAGGCAGUCCAAGCCCUUGAAGGUUCAGAUCAUGCAUUCUUCUGUGGUGGCUCAUCAGUGCUUCGGGCUCAAGGUGCUGUCCUGGUUGGGCCAUGUGAUCGUUUACUCAGAGGGACUGCGUCGGGUGCUGUGUCAGGUUGCGUUGCAGGAGGGGCCCGAGGGAGAGAAUUCCUCCCUUGCUGACAAGUUGAUGCUUGGUGACUCCAAGCUGUGGAAAGGUGCCAGGACGGUGUAUCACCAGCUGUUCAUGAGCAGCCUUCUCAUGGACCUCAAGUACAAGAAGAUCUUCGCUCUCCACUUUGCAAAAAAUUAUGAACGCAUGCAGAGUGACUUUGUGAAAGAUGACCACGACAGAGAGUUCUCGGUAACCGACCUCUCCGUGCAAAUUUUCACGGUGCCAUCUCUGGCCCGCAUGCUGAUCACAGAGCAGAGCCUCCUGACCGUGAUCAUCAGAACCUUCAUGGAUCACCUGCGGCACCGGGACCUGCAGGGCCGCUUCCAGUUUGAGCGCUACACCGCCCAGCAGGCCUUCAAAUUCAGGAGGGUGCAGAGCCUCAUCGGAGACCUCAAGUAUGUUUUAAUCAGCCGACCAACAGAAUGGACAGAUAAGCUCAGGGAGAAGUUUCUUGAAGGAUUUGAAGCUUUCUUGGAGUUGCUGAAGUGCAUGCAGGGCAUGGACCCAGUAACUCGGCAGGUUGGGCAGCACAUUGAGAUGGAGCCUGAGUGGGAGGCGGCCUUCACUCUGCAGAUGAAGCUGACACACAUCACGUCCAUGAUGCAGGAAUGGUGUUCUACUGACGAGAAGGUCUUGAUUGAAGCCUACAAGCAGUGCCUGGUGGUGCUGAUGCAGUGUCACAGUGGCUUCACGGACGGGGAGCAGCCCAUCACUCUGAGCAUGUGUGGCCACUCUGUAGACACCAUCCGAUACUGUGUGUCCCAGGAGAAGGUCAGCAUUCACCUGCCUGUGUCCCGGCUGCUGGCAGGGUUACAUGUUCUCUUAAGCAAAACUGAAGUGGCUUACAGAUUUCCAGAGCAGUUACCUUUGUGUGAACUGAGCCCCCCAAUGCUGAUUGAGCACCCUCUGCGCUGCCUGGUGCUGUGUGCGCAGGUGCAUGCUGGGAUGUGGAGGAGGAACGGCUUCUCCCUGGUCAACCAGAUUUACUACUAUCACAAUGUUAAAUGCAGAGUGGAGAUGUUUGACAAGGACCUGUUGAUGCUGCAGGCAGGGGCAUCAAUGAUGGAUCCCAACCACUUCCUGAUGAUCGUGCUCAGCCGAUUCGAGCUCUAUGAAAUCUUCAACACUCCAGACUAUGGCAAGAGAUACAGCGGGGAGAACACCAACAAGGAUGUCAUACAGCAGAAUAGCACACUCAUAGAAGAAAUGCUGCACCUCAUCAUGAUGGUCGUUGGGGAGCGCUUUUCCCCGGGAGCCGGGCAGGUGAGCGCCUCUGAUGAGAUCAAGCGGGAGAUCAUUCAUCAGCUGUGUAUCCGCUCCAUGGCACACAGUGAGCUUGUGAAGGCCUUGCCCGAGGAUGAGAACAAAGAAACGGGAAUGGAGACGGUCAUUGAAGCAGUCGCUUUAUUCAAGAAGCCAGGGCUGACUGGUCGGGGCCUGUAUGAACUGAAGCCUGAGUGCGCCAAAGACUUCAACCUGUACUUCUACCACUACUCCAGAGCAGACCAGUCCAAGGCAGAAGAAGCACAAAGAAAACGGAAGAGGCAAAAUGGAGAAGAUACAGCUCUACCCCCUCCCAUGCUGCCCCCCUUCUGCCCGCUCUUCGCCAGCCUCGGGAACCUGCUCCAGUGUGACGUCUUCCUGGGCAUUCUGGGCACCGUGCUGCAUUGGACAGUGGAGCCCAGCGGCUGUGCCUGGUCUGAGUCCAUGUUGCAGAGGGUGCUGCACCUGAUCGGCAUGGCGCUGCUAGAAGAGAGACAGCAGCUGGAGAGCAGCAGUGAGGACAAUGACGUCACCUUCAAUUUCACACACAAGAUCUCGCGACCCAGAGAGGCUCCCAGUAACGGCCCCAGUGUUCUCUCCAUGCUGGAGACUCUGCAGAAUGCUCCACACCUGGAGGUUCACAAGGACAUGAUUCGAUGGAUUUUGAAGACCUUCAGCAGCAUUAAGAAGAUAAGGGAGCAGACCGCAACCACUCCUGUAUCAGAGACUGGAGGACAGGCCUUGGAGGAGUCGGUGCGUGACCAGGACAAGGCAGAGCGCAAGCGCAAAGCAGAGAUGGCACGGCUGCGCAGGGAGAAGAUCAUGGCUCAGAUGUCAGAGAUGCAAAGACAUUUCAUCGACGAGAACAAAGAACUGUUCCAGCAGAGCCUGGAGGAUCUGGAGGCCUCCACCUCCACUGCACUGGAGCACAGCCCCUCCCUCCCCGAUGCUGUGCUCGUGGCGCUGGGUCCCGGGCGCACACGAGGCAGUGAGAAGCGGCAGGUGGUCACCUGUAUCCUGUGUCAGGAGGAGCAGGAUAUCAAAGCACACAAUAAGGCUAUGGUGCUGGCCGCCUUCGUCCAGAGGUCCACAGUCAUGUCCAAGAACAGGAGAAGAGUAAUGCAUGAUCCUGAGAACUACGACCCCCUGUUUAUGCAUCCGGAUUUGUCCUGCGGUACUCAUACUGGGAGCUGUGGACACAUCAUGCAUUCACACUGCUGGCAGAGAUACUUCGAUGCUGUCCAGGCGAAGGAACAGAGAAGACAGCAGCGUCUGCGCGUGCACACCAGCUACGAGGUGGAGAACGGGGAGUUCCUGUGCCCACUGUGCGAGUGUCUGAGUAACACUGUGAUCCCCCUGCUGCCCCCGCCACGGGCCUGCAGCCCCGGCAUCUCAGAGCAACAGAACCUAAACCAGUGGCUGAAGACAAUAUCCCAGCAGAUGAAUGUGCUGCACUGUUUAAAGAAGAAGCAGAACUCCUCCAGCAGUCCAGAUGCAGAAGCAGCAGACAGAAUGGAUGAGACUCCGCUAGCAGAGGGAUUCCGGCCGGACCUGCAGCCCACGAAUCCUUACUCCAGCAGCAUUAAGGAGAUGCUGACGACCUUUGGGACAGCGACCUACAAAGUGGGCUUAAAGGUUCACCCCAAUGAGCAGGACCCCCGUGUGCCCAUCAUGUGCUGGGGCAGCUGUGCCUACACCAUCCAGUCCAUUGAGAGACAGUUGAUAGAUGAGGAGAAACCAUUGUUUGGCAGUUUACCUUGCAGACAGGAUGACUGUCUGAACUCCCUCACGAGGUUUGGAGCAGCAUGCUGGACUGUGUCCUCUCUCCCGGCGGUACAGAGCCACUUCAUCAGAUUGUUAGCCGCUCUGGUACCGGAUGAACAAGUGGAAAAUUCGCCCUGUAUUCUUGAUGUUGACAUGUUCCAUUUACUGGUGAGCCUGGUUCUGUCCUACUCCACUGUGCACUGCCAGGACGUGUCGGGGCUCAGUCUGGCUGCAGGGGAGCUGCAUCUUUUCCACCUGGUGACCAUGGCUCACAUUGUGCAGAUCCUGCUCACCUCUGUGCCAGGAGGAACCCCGAUGGACCAGGAGAGUGGGCCAGACGAGGAAGCUGUCUUGUCCCUCUACACUGUACUGCAGCAGUACAAAGGAAGUGCCUGCAGGGAGGCUUGUUCAGGCUGGCACCUGUGGCGCUGUUUGAAGGCUGGCAUCCUGCCCUACCUCCGCUGUGCUGCUCUCUUCUUCCACCAUCUCAAAGGGGUGCGCCCGCCCACCGGGCUCCAGGUGAGUGGAGUAAGCCAGUUUGAGCAGCUGUGUGGGUAUCUCUGCCUGCCGACCAGCCUGCUGCAGCUGUUCCAGAGCAACAGGGAGGUCGUCGACCCGCUGCUGCAAAGGUGGUGUGGUCAUCCUGAAAUGCUGAACUAUAUGAAAGACAACCAAACACUUCAAAGCUUCCCGCGAGAGUCCAAUAGACUUAUAGAUCUUCCAGAUGACUACAGCUGCCUCAUCAAUCAGGCAUCCAGCUUCAUGUGCCCCAAGUCAGGCGGUGACAAGAGCCGGGCCCCGACCCUGUGUCUGGUGUGCGGGACCAUGCUGUGCUCUCAGAGCUACUGCUGCCAGACUGAGCUGGAGGGGGAGGAUGUUGGGGCCUGCACUGCACACACCUUCACCUGCGGAGCUGGAGUGGGCAUCUUCCUCAGGGUCCGUGAGAGUCAGGUGCUGUUCCUCGCUGGGAAGACGAAAGGCUGCUUCUACGCACCCCCUUACUUAGAUGACUAUGGAGAGACUGAUCAGGGGCUCAGGCGUGGAAACCCCCUUCAUCUCUGCCACGAGCGAUACCGCAAGAUCCAGAAGCUGUGGCGCCAGCACAGCAUCACCGAGGAGAUCGGCCAUGCACAGGAGGCCAACCAGUCCCUCGUGGGCAUCGACUGGCAGCACUUGUGAUACGAGCCAGACCGUGCUGAGCACACAGACUGCAGCCCUAAAAACCAACACAUCGAACUGCUUUUCAAAGGAAUGGAAGAGUGCCUGGCACAGCCGCUGUAUCCCGGGCAAACUUAUUCUCUCAUCUCCCCUUCCCCUGCCAACAUCAGUCUGAGAGUUGUUGAAUGCAUGUAAAAUUUUGUUUUUUAAGGUAGUAUUUGCACAGGAUUUCCUUCUCAGAAUUGAAUUCAACAUUAACAAAAUGAAUAAUUUUUAUCCACACAGCAGGGUUUUUUUGUAUGCAUCUACAGCACAGAUAUUUGGCUUCAGAAAAUAAUUCCCAUAACAGCUGUUUAUUAAUAAUAAUUAUUUAUUGUAUCGCCUGAGAGAAUUUGAUUGGCAUACUAUUCCUUAAUGUAACAUUUGUAUUAAAUAUCGUUACAAGGGUUAAUGAAGUAUACAGGCGACACUACAUGUGUUUUAAGCUCCUAUACUUUGCCUAGCUUAGUAAACAAGCCUACAGAUGUUAUAUUUUUCUUAGCGGUAGUUGGUUUUAAACUCAGCACUAAUGGUGGUUGUGAUCAAGCACAUUGUCACUUCAGCUGAGCCACAACACAAUGUAAUAUUCCCAUCUGCAGAUGUUUAAAUAGAACAGUAUCGUAAAAUAAUAACAAAUAAAAACGUUUCCUCUCUGAAAUACAAUUAUUCAGGUGGUUGUUUUUAUGUUUUAACAGAGGUGCUAUUGCCCUUUAUAUAAAAAUAAAUAAAUAAAAAAUUGAUUAAUAGAAUAAUCUUAAAUUAAACCUAUGUGCUUUGAAACAAUAGGCCUUUACAGCAUUUCUGUACUUUAUUAACUGAAAAGUGAUCGUUCAUGUCUAAAGGCAGGUAUGUAUGUCCUUUCUCUUCUCAUGUGGCACACACACACGGGCACAGUGACGGGUCAACACUGCCAGACAUGGCUCAGUAUCAAUCUGAUCUUUCCUUGUCACAGCAGUCUGAGAGUGUGUGUUUAUUUUUAAAUGACUUGAGAUAUUCUGUGAUUUGUCAUCUAGACUCAAUCUAGUUUUUUGUGAAGGAUAUGUAAAUAAAAUGCGUUAAAUUUAAGUGAACAA